GAAAGCUCACAGGCAUGGGUCCCGUUGCGCAUCGUCAAACCGGUGUCUGCUUCGAGCCGACUUCCCGUCAUUAUUUAUCUGCAUGCCACAGGAGGCAACUUGGAGCAAAUGCAUGGCAGGAUGGAGCUGGCAGCGCAGCGCGGCUACCUGACAGCAGCCAUCGACUGCCGCUAUCACGGUCGCCGCUCUUUGCCCGGCCAAGCUGGUCGCCACUGCUAUGAGGACGCCCUGGUGAGGGCAUGGAGGGAUGGGAAGGAGCGGCCGUUUCUGCUGGACAAUGUGUGGGACUUGAUUAUUCUGCUGGAUUACCUGGAGACGCGACCCGACACAGACAGCAGCAGGAUCGGAAUGACUGGGAUCAGCUUGGGGGGCAUGCACUCCUGGCUCACUGCCGCCCUGGAUGAACGAAUUGCUGUGGCUGCGCCAAUGAUCGGUGUGCAGAACUUCGGAUGGGCUGUUGAGAAUGACAGCUGGCAUGCGCGCGUUGGCACCAUCCCCCGUGUAUUUGCUGCGGCUGCUUCUGACUUGGGAAAGCCGGCUGUGGACGCCGAAGUUGUGAGGACUGUGUGGAAUCGCAUCAUGCCUGGUUUGCUGGAGGGGUUUGAUGCGCCGCACUCGCUGCCCUGCCUAGCUCCUCGACCAUUUCUGAUAGCCAAUGGCGAGCUUGAUCCAAGAUGCCCUAUCAGGGGCCUAGAGGAAGCCGUCCAGCAGACCAGAGAUGCUUAUGAAGCAGCAGGGGCUCUGAAUCACUUCCAAGUGUACUUUGAGGAGGGUCUGGGCCAUUCUGUCUCCCAUGGUCUGGAUGCACAGAUUGAUGCUUUCUUGGACCAGCAUCUGCUCGUAGGAACAGCCGUUUAA